AAAGGUUUCUUAUCAAAGUUUGUUAGUCUCAUACUUAUAACCCAAUUUUUAAAUGUCUAUCGCCAAAAGAUUCAUCUCAACUACAAGAGUACUCAAAUUCCAAAAGGAAGUUCCAAACUGGUUCCCUUUAAAUAACCCAACCACCACAAACGUGGCUCACAAGAAAUGGGCUCCAACUAAUGGAAACUCAUUCCGCUCAUUUGCUGAAUACAGAUUGAAGGCAAUUAACCAAUCGCCAUUGGCAGUCAGAAGUAAGGCUACUAUUUCUACUGGUGCUACUAAGUCUGCUCCAACUAAUGUCUUGAAGAAUUAAAUUCUUUUUUUUUUUUUACUGCAUUUUUUUUUUCGGUAACCACUUUCUCAUCUUUCACGUGCGUUAUCUGAUCUUUGAUUAAGUUGCUGAUAAAUCAAAAGGAAAAAAAAAAAACAGGAGAUUAAGGAAAAAUACAAAAAAAAAAUGUGUUGUGCAGGAUUCGAGGAUUUAAAUUGACUCUGGUAGUUUUUAAACCUUUAGAAUUUAGGAGUUUGGUUUUUAAAAUAUGGUAUAUUAAAAAAAAUAUAAUAAAUAAAAAAAAUUAAAUAUAGAAA